AUGACGCACAGGGCGAAUUUGACUGGAGACUCUAUAACAAAACAGAUACAAGACCUCAUUCUAACCACUGCCCCAUCACAUACACGACACUCAUCUCAUCGUAUAGGUUCAGACCAGAGCAGGUCAGUACGCGGUAAGAAUCGGGUUGAAAAUGGGAUGCAGCAAGCAUCUACAUUGGAGCAGGAGAUUAACAUGGCCAUUUUAAAUAGUAGAGAGUCCAGUAGUAGACGGCAUAAACAUGCAAGGCCGCAUUCCAAGCAGAGCAGGGUAACAACAAAUCCCCAUAGCGUCCCACCGCUUCCUCGACAUGCACAAUCCAGUCAACCCGCACGGAUACAGUCUAGCCGGGUGACACAUCCCCUAGCAUGUGCUCACAUUUACCCGAAUAGUUCAUUGCUAUCGUCAGCAGAAGCUUCUUUCACUGGGGCACAGAGCAUGCAAGACCCCACAGAAGCCAUGCAAAGGCAGAUCGAGGCGCUUCAGCGAGAGGUGCAGCACCUUCAGCUCAGCAACAUGAUAUCGAAGUCGAGAUUGCAGCCAGGAGAACCAUCAGAGCUGGAAACACUCCAGUUUGUAGAACCUGUUCCCGCACCUAUGCCACGCCUUGAUCAGAAUGUCUUCUCGUCGGUUGAAAAAGACCUGCUGGGAAGCUAUCCUGCCUCAAAUUUAGAUUUGGAGUAUGGCCUAGAUACUGGUUUAGAUGGGUGCGUAACGGAACAUCCACCAAAAUCGAUACAACUUCCAAGCGGACCUGACGAUCUAGUGGAAUUAGCCGAUUUGUAUGUUAAGGAGAGCAGCACACUAGAAGAUCCUAUCGGGGGCCCACAUAGUAUAGAUGUACUCUCUAAUGUAAUGCCAAGGCACACUAGCAGGACCGAUCUACACAAGCCUCCUAGCAUCUCUGUUUCAUUAUCCAGCACAGUGUCACCUACAAUAUCUACAAUGAGCGAUCUUACCUUUUCCGAGGAACAGAUAAAGGAAGAGAUAGCUCAGAGGAACACACACCUGAGUAGGCUUGUCAGCACACUAGAACCAAAGCAGUAUGCAUGCCCUGAUCCCUUGGAACCCCAGCUCCAGCCAAUCAAUAUGACAAAGCCCCCAGAUUGUUAUGUUGCAGACAUCUCGAAGUCUCUAUCAGCACACGGUUCCGUUUCUCCAUCCACUACUGAGCCUCCAAGUGUUACCCUAACAGAGGAUCUCGUUCAUGCUACCGCCUCAAUAUCUCCUACGUUAAGCCCGACACUAACAACAAUGGCGACAACAAUGGGGACUCCAUCUACAUCACAAACAGUUAAGCAAGAUGAGCAGUUAGUUUCUCCAGUUAUUGCUACAACGGUUACUUCUAUUAGAAAACUACUGCCCUCGGCCUCAGAACCUUUUAUAGUUGCUAGGCGAGUGGAGAAACUAACUACACAAUCUUCAGAUCAGCAAGGACACACUAUUCACGCUCCUGCGUACAGCCUUCAACAUUCAAGCAAGCCAUCGGGCGAGGAACUUGUUGUGUUGACCAAUACUACUGUUGAGGGGCAACUGUCUGAAGUCCAGACGACUGAGUACCCUGUCUCUGGUCCAGUUUUACAUCCAGAGAGACCUAUACCUGCUACUACUCCUGAACAGUCUCCAGAUUCCAGUACAAGUGUAGUUGCAAUGAGGUUUCCACAACGUCCAAUACCAAUACUGAUGAGUACAUCUUUGGCACGUCCUCAUUCUGCACAGCCGACCCUUAACAAGACGUAUCGUCCUUUAGAUACCAGUAGCACUUCCUUAACCGCAUCACGCGUAGCAAGAGAUAGAUUACCUACUAGUACUGCAUCCGAUAUACGAGCACAGUCAGCUUACUCUGUGCGAAAGCAGUUAUCUCAAACGUUAUAUUCUGAUCACUUACCUAUGAAGCAUGUCUUCUUCGAUCCUUCCUCCUCUGUUAUUAAUGAAGCAACCGUGCCUGUCACGCGAAGUGCUGUUUUUACGUCUAGUCUCUGUUCUAAAGAAGCUCCACAAGAUCACUCUUCACUCUUCCACACUACAAGGAGCAGAGUAAGAGAAAACAUCCCGGACAUUGCUACAACACUUCUAUCUAUAACCAACCUCUCUCUGUCGCCUAAAACAGUAUCGUUCUACUCUCUUCCUCGUAAGAAAGUGGAGAGCGACGGGGAUCUCUUGAAUUAUAAUACGUGUGCUACCUAUACAGAGGCGUAUCGUCUGCAAAGCCAGGGUAGCCAGAAACCCCAUGAGGAGAGGCUAAGAGGACUACCAGUUGUUCAGUUUUCUACAAAGAAAUCUAUACCGAUUACCUCAGGCGAUCUAGCGGCAAUAUCUGUUACGAAAGAGCCACGGACGUUAAGGAAACAAUCAAAAACAUCUGUGUGGACUCAUACAAGAGUUUCAUCACAGAUCCUGUCGGAAGCGCAUCUCAAGAAUUGCCCUAUUGCGCCAGAGCUAUCAUCUUUUGAAAUGCAUAAAAAUACGUCUAUUGAGCGUGCAGAAUCAUCUGCUUCUUUGUCUCUGAACGAUACGUUACAAGUUAAACGGCCACCUCCAAGCAGGCAAGCUCCCCAUCAGCAAUCAAAUACCACACUCAGUAGCUUCGUCAGAGAGCCUACUAGACAUUCUAGUCAUAUUGUAGAUCUUACAAAGUCAUGUACACCGGCAGUUCCUUCUAGCACCUUCCCCUCUAUCACCAAAGCUCCACUUCCCAAACAGGCUUCUACAGCAAAGCAGUCCUCUAAUGUGUUUCCAGACUAUCGGGUGCAUGUACACCAUGCUCUGAAAAGCCCUUCUUCACCGUUUGAUGACUUUGAAAAUGAACACUUGUCCACUGGAAGCAAGGCCGACGAGCAUCCUAUAAAUCCGGAGGUCAUUAACGAGAUUAGUCUCAAGGGUGCCACUUCUAUGGUAGAUAGCCAAAAGACAUCAUACUCCCUAAAAUCUCCUCUCUUAGAUGAUCCCACCAUAAGGAGACAAUAUACCCCAAGCUUCUCUGCUAACGAAAGCUACUGCAGUUCAACAAGUGAGACGUACUACUACUCCAAUAAGUGUGAUAAUAACCGAGUUUCUGAAGGCAGAACACCUGAUAAAGCUCUCGACAGGGAGUCAUUCAUAUACACAUCAGAGACCCCAGACCCAAAUCAGGACAUGCUGAUGAGCCAUCCGUUGGAUACAUGUCCAUACCAGCAGCAAGAUCUCCCUGUUGCAUCGUCCGAUUUGCUUGAAAAUAUGGAGGUGCACAGAGUCACUGAGAAUGGUGCCCCUCGCCUGACAGUGUCGUCACUAGAUAUCUGUACCAUACAACCGCAAUCGGCAUCUCCCAAAGAGCCACGCGAUCUUUCCCCAGCGCCGUGCUACUUUACUGAGCCCGAGGAGUCUAUGACUAUCGACCCUGUCUCACCAGCACAGGCGCCUAUCCCUUCAGAAAACGGACGUGCGGACAGAGAUCCAUCGGGAUCUAUUAUUACUUUGUCUGGUCUAGGCUCUGCAAUCUCACCAUUUCCGUCAUUGGAAAACUUUAAAAGCCCCAAAGUGCUAGCCCACACUAAAAGAAUCCGGCAUACAUUAGAAAUUUUGAAUGAGCUCCAGGCAGAGCUGAGCCCAACCACUCAAUUGUCUGCCACAUUACCUACCGAAAGGUCGCAAGUAGAUAAUAUGGCAGAAGGGUCUCUCGUUGAGUCUAUCUCACUAAGCAUGUCUACAACUCCUCUCAUUAAGAAAAUGCAGCAACAGCUACUUGGAGCCAAAAAUCUUGUAUCAUUUGUUGAUAUGGGGCAAAGUGACCAAAGUGAUACUCAGGGGCUACACCACAAUGCUUUGGUGCCUGUCUCAGCGGAUGAGCACGACGAUGUCGCUAUUGUAAUUGCUCAAAAUAACAGGCUGCUUCACAAUCCUCAUGUACAGGGUAGAAAGUCAACGGGAUAUGAGUUCUAUUCGUCUAUCGAGCAAGGGUCGGCUAUACUACUAACUAAUAAAGGUCCCUAUUCGUCCAGUACGUCCAUGUUCAGACUGGACGGAUGUAGCACAGAUUUUAAUUAUCGACCAAGCCUGGAUCGAUACAUGCUGUUAGAUCAAUCCCAUCUGCCAUCAGCAACGCCAUCUUUGAUGUAUGAUUGUGCAAAUGAUGCAUCUAUAAGUGGAAACAGACUCGACGCAAGCGAGAAAUAUAUGCAUUCCGGAGUCAAUUUUGCUGAAUCGAGCUGUAUUGCUGGUAUAGAAGCUCAGUUAACAGAUCUCCAACUGAACAUUGGCCCCUUAAACCGGCCCUUCCCUACUUUAGCAACAGGCAAUCAGGAGGGCUUUGACAUAUGCAAUAACCUUGCUACAUAUCCAUCCCAUCCAAGUGCGGGCGGUGAUACUUUAGACACUAGUACUUUUCACAGCCACACUCAUCCUACUUAUCAUGAACUUAAUGCAGAAAAUUAUGAAAGACUGAAUGCCAGCACGGGUAAAAUUGAACUUAGAAAACCCUGCCACAAAGAGGUUUUAGUCCUCGCCAGACAGGGUGUACGUUCCGCUGAGCACUCCACUUGUGAUCCCAUAUUCCCCUCAUAUCCAAAAUUGCCCACAAAUCCAUAUAGCAUUGUUUCCGAGAUAAAAAAGCCCCGUCAGUUGACAGCUAUCCACAAUCCUCGUACAGCUGAUAUCAGCGCAUCUCUCUCUGAAACCUCGGGAUCUGAAGAGGUACAGGAACUGACCAGCAGUCGUGUUGAGGGGUCAACUACAAGUGAUGCAGAGGAUAACACGGAACACACGGAACACACAGAAUUAACCGAACCUAGUAUGGAAUGCACUGGGAGCACAACCGAUCAUGACACUUACUCGUCAGACUCAGUGGACAGCUUUACCGUUGUACAUGAUGAUGAGAUCAUAGAAAAGAUUUAUGACCUAGAGCGUGAGAAAAAUGCAUACAAUAUUAUUACGGAAGAGAAGUGCAAGAAUGCACAAUAUCAGCAUAGCGUCUAUCUCUCCGCAAUGUCCUUGCUUACUGAUCCCAGUGUCUGCAGCCUGAUUGAUAACAUAAGCUGUGAAACUUCAAUAGCUGAAGCACUACACGACACCUUGAGGAUUGGUGACACAAACAAGAUUCUGUCGCCAAUUUGCGUUCCUAAUUUUGAACCUCUAAGCUGUCUACAUCUGAAUGAGAAGAGCCCAUCCAGUGCAUCUGCAAAUGACUCUCAUGUGGAUGCUUUGCAUGAAAGUAUUACUGUCAAGCCAAAUCUUCUCUUGUCAAACAUAUGUUGUGAAGAGGAUAAGCAUUCAUUAAACGCUGAUUGUAGGUCUCCAUGCCAACCGGAGCUUCAAGCCACUGCUCUACUCAAGCACCAUCUAGAAAACCAGCUAAGCACGAGAAAAUCUCUAGAAUGCGUUGCUUACUCUACGCAUUAUGUAUUUCGAGAGGCUGGAUGGCCUUCAGCGAGUGCAACCGGUGCAAUUAAUCAAUUGAGUAAGGAGAACGAUGAGGCUACAUCAAGCAUGAAUGUACAGGUUUUGCAGAAUGUUAUUUCCUUUCUGAAAGAUAGGUGGAUGAUGGCGGAGGAGGACCUUAUGGCCCAAAAGCUUAGAUCAGAAAAGUAUGUGGCACGGCAGGACCUCCUUCUGGAUGAGCUUAAGGCUAAAAUAGUGGACAGAAGAAGAGUUCCAGAAUUGGAAAGUGCCCUGUCCCAGAUGCAUUUCAAAGAGCACAUGAUACUUGCUAACAACGUUGAGUACUAUGGCGAAGAACUCGAGAGGCCACGUCGGUGGGGCUUUUGUGGCAGUCAGCUGCCUCGAAGAAAGAAACAAGCGGACUGUAUGGUUGUGAAGAUACAGCCUCAGCUGACUAAGUCACGGAAGAGCAAAACUGAAGCUGGGAAAGUGUCAACAAGAGAUGCUGGUGAAAAGAAAGUAUGUAAAGAUGGGAGUAAUGGAUUGAGAAGUAAAGCAGUCGACAAGAAAGCAAGGCAACGGACCAAAAACAAUCUGCUGAUGGGACUGUUUAAGCCAAAGGACAAAGAGGCUACCACAAAUAUGUCUGUUUCGCAUCUCAACAGGGAUGCAGACAGUAUCAAUCCCAUUAAUAUUUCUUCUCCAGCGGUCACAGAAGAGCCAACUCCAUCUGGACCAAAGUCCACUGUAGAGGAGAUGGGCGCAUGCCAAGACACUCAAGAUACGUGUGCAGUUCUAAGCACAGCAGAUAGGCUUCUAAGAGACAUCUGGGGCGGUGGCACAGGGCUGGAUUAA